AUGAAAGCUUUACACAGCUUCCUCGGGGCCCUAACCCUCCUCGCCUUCAAGGCCAGGGCACUACCAUACCCAGCCGACCCAACCGACUUCACCGUCACCUCCACAAAAACCGCAACGGCUAUGUCCAUCCCGGUACUCACCAGCCCCGGCCCCCACAGCAUCAUUAUCAUCAGCAGCAGCAAUGCCAAGCCAACGACCAUCACCCUAGCCCAAGCCCAAGCCCAAGCCACUCCCAGUCCGACGGCAACAGAGAGCAGCGUAACAGCAGAGCCGAUCAUGACGCUACCCCCACAGGUCCUCGACUCAUCCACGACGACGAGUUUCACGGGCAGGUGCGAGUACAGCUUCUGCUACCAGGGCACCAACGUGUGCUUCUACUGGGCCGGCGUCACCUCCUGGGACGUGUCGCGCGGCCCGCUGCCCGGCGAGAUCCCGACUAUGCUCGGGCCGUGCGAGAGCGUUGUUACGACGGCUGCGACGACUGCGGCGGCUACGACGGUGGAGGAGGAGCAGGAGCGUGCUACGGGGGUUAUUACUCGAGUUUUCUAG